AUGCUGCACUCAAGCAUUGAAUUGCUCUCGUACACCGAAGAUCAGACGUUCCUAUGCACCGGAGACCCUGAACCGUCCAUCCGACAACAACGCGUAAUAUUCAGCUGUCAAAAUUCGCGCUGGCAUGUCACUGUUGCCUUUAAUUCGGAAGGGGAUGCGGAAGAAAAGUCAAGUCGCUUUUCGCAAGACCCGAUCAAGCACAAACUCAGACGACGAGAUAAGUUCCGAUAUUUCAUCUCCCGUCUCCAAAUCGGCAAGCUCACUCUUCUGGACGAUACCAUGACCAAGGUCGAAUUGAAGCUUGUGCCUACAGAGUCAGCAUUGCUGGAUCGGGCAAUCACGGACCUUCUGCUUCAAAGUGAUAUCCAAGAUACUCGAGGAAAUAGAUUUCUCGAAGAGUAUCGCAGACUGCGGGUGACAAUCUACGAAGACGGUGAGAGAAUCCUCUAUCCACUGUAUUCCAGCGAUUCAAAAUGGCCACCAACGAUCUGGCUCUCAGAGUUAGAGAUCGAGGAAGACAUUACCGGUGCCGUCGGCCGCUUUCAUCAACGGGGCGAGCGAACUUCCUACAUAUUCAAGACAAUUGACAGGCCAUUCUAUCGACGUCAAGAUACCGCAGUCAUUCAACGUGAACUGGAGAAUCUCAAACGUUUCCGCUCCACUCCUUAUAUUGCCCAGCUCUCAGCUGUCGUGGUCUCACCGAAUCCAUAUCAGACGAUCCCCUCCACAGACGGUCGACCUGUGAUGAGAGGUAUUCUCAUGUUGUAUUAUCCUGGAGGGACUCUUGAAGAGUGGCUGAAAAGGAACACAGUCACCGAUCUGCACUGGCAGCGUUGGCCCCUUCAAAUCUGCCGGGCUCUCCAGAGUUUGCAUUCAAGAAAUAUUGCCCACACGGAUCUCAAGCCCGGCAACAUCGUGAUCGAUGACUGCGAGAACGCAGUCGUCAUUGAUAUAAGCGGCAUUGGCGGAGUCACGUACGAGUGGCGUGCACCGCAGAUCCGUUUCGAAGCAUCGCAGGCCUCGCUCGAAGCUGAGAAGCGGAGCGACAUCUGGGCGUAUGGUAAAAUGAUGUUGAAGAUUGCGGAGAGAUACCCAGGGUCACAAUGGCUGCGAGAGAUUGCAGCAACCACCAUGUGUGAAUCCCCCAAACUCCGCCCGGAUCUCGGUUCGAUUAUUUCUGAGCUGGAGAGGCACACUUCAAUGACCAAUCUUGAGUGUGAUGCAUAA